AUACAAUUGUGGGGUCUAAAAUAUAUAUAAAUAUAAGAAGAUUGAUCUAUAUACGCAUAAAAGUGAUAGUGUUAAGAAAAUUUGAUUGGUUUUUAAUAGCUAAGAUGGCGGCUAGACUGGACCUCAUAAUUUUCGGAGCCAGCGGCUACACGGGCCGUUUUGUCGUCCCAGAAAUGUUCCGGAUAUGUAAAAACUAUCCGGAAAUCCGUUGGGCGAUCGCUGGCAGGUCAAAGAGUAAAUUGGAACGUGUUUUGAGAGAUUCUGCAAAAGCUGGCGAAAAUACAUCGCCUAUAAAGAUAAUAGCCGCCGAUACCAGAAGCUACGAGUCUCUAAAAGUGAUGUGUUCCCAAUGCAAGGUUGUGCUCAACUGCUGUGGCCCGUAUGUGACCACCGGUGAGGCCGUGGUCAGAGCUGCUGUAGACUGUCAGACGCAUUAUGUGGACGUGUGUAGCGAACUGCCGUUUCUAGAGAAAAUCCUGGCGAAGUAUGAUGAAGCAGCUAGAAAUAAGGGGGUGUUUGUGAUCAACGCGUGCGGUCUGGGAUGCAUUCCUGCUGAUCUGGGAGUUGUAUUCCUACAGCAAAACUUUAAAGGCACUCUGAAUUCCGUAGAAGCUUACCUGACGACGCAGAUAAAGGUGUCAAAGAAGUGGCCCGCCAAUGUGAUGAGAGACAGCACUUGGGAGGGUUUGAUACAAGGAUUAAAAGAGAAACCACUGUGGGAUCGGACUGAUAAAAAGAACGUGAAAAUAGAACCACAAUUAAAGCCAAGGCCGUUUAUCCACGAGAGACAUAACCGCUGGUCGGUGCCCUUCCCCGGCGCCGAGGAAACCAUAGUCCAGCGCACCCAAAACCACAUUAAUUCGCGCCCCAUACAGUUCAAACGAUACCACUCCUUCCCGAACCUAUUUGCUUCCAUCGCCACUACUAUUUUCGGCAUAUUCCUAUUCGUUUUAUGCAAAAUAUUCCGGCUUUCGAAUCUUUUGAUCAAGUAUCCUCGUGUGUGUUCGUUUGGCCUGGUGACGUAUGGUGACCCUGAUGAGGAGCUGAUGGGGGAACUCAGCUUCGAUUAUGAGAUGUAUGGAGAGGGCUGGAGGGGGGAGGUGGAAGGGAGGCCCAGGGAUCACAUCGUCGCCAGAAUUCGUCCGGAAGGUAAAAACGCACCGUACGAAGGAACCGCAGUGGCCGCGGUAUACGCUGCGCUCACACUUCUAACAGAGAGAGAUAAAAUGCCGGCUACAUACGGCGUGCUAACACCAGGUGGUGCGUUCAAAAAUACAAGCAUAAUACAAAAAUAUAACAAUGAUAAACUAAAAUUUGAAAUUAUUGAUAAGAAUUAAAAAAUAAGUAGAUUGUAAGCUGUGAUUGUGUGAUAAUGAUAAUGGUAUUAUGAC